CAGCGGCAGCAGCAGCGACCAAAACAGCAGCAAUGGCCGCUUUCCGCAGAGUGGCAGCGCUGGCCGGUAAGCUUAACUUCUGGGCGGCGGCGAGAAACGAGCUCGCCGUUGGUAGGAAGACCGGUGAAAGAAGAGCUCGGAGGUGUCUGGCUGUCGGUACGUGUCUUGUAGCGGGAGGCGCAGUGGCACUUUACUUUUACAACGAUAUCAUGACCGCCAGAGGCAGGAAGAGGAUGAGGUGUCACAGCAUCAACGGUCUGCUCCCGUCCAUCCCGACCGUUGAAGCCAAGGAGAAGGCACGUUCCUUUGACUUUGAGGAGGGGGACGUGUACAUGUCAUCCCAUGAACAUCGCUUCCGCAUGUUCAGCUCAGUAGAGUAUGAAGGGCAGCUGUACAUGACUCCGCAGAACUUCAUUGAGUCAGUCACCAUGAGCGAACCAAGAAACAAGCGGCCCUGGAGGUCCCUGACCAAACAGGAGCUGGAGAAAAUUCUCACGGAGACUCCCCCAGUAUGGAGAGGAUCCUCGAAGCUGUUCCGCAACCUGAGAGAACGAGGCAUCAUCUCAUACACAGAGUAUCUGUUCCUGCUCUGCAUCCUGACAAAGCCCCACGCUGGCUUUAAGAUUGCUUUCAAUAUGUUUGAUGCAGACGGCAACCAGAUGGUGGACAAGAGGGAGUUCUUGGUGCUUCAAGAGAUCUUCAGGAAGAAAAACGAGAAGAAAGGGCGGAAAGGAGAUGCUGAGAAGUCGGCACAGUUGAGUAUGCAGCUCUAUGGAUAUCAGGUUGCCCCCAUGAACAGCGUGCUAAAAAAAGACAGUCAGGAGUUUGUGGCGAGGAGUUACUGGGACGUUCUGAGGCGAGGCGCCAGUCAAGUCCUCUUUUCGGACCUGGCGGAGCGAGCAGAUGAGAGCAUCACCAUCGACACCACCCUGUUGGUGCAUUUCUUUGGCAAGAAAGGGAAAGCAGAGCUUACAUUUGAUGACUACUACAGGUUUAUGGAUAACCUUCAAACAGAAGUGCUUGAAAUAGAGUUUCUGACCUACUCUAAAGGAAUGACCACCAUCAGUGAAGAAGACUUUGCCAAAAUCCUGUUGCGCUUCACCAACGUGGAGAACAUCAGUGCCUACCUGGAGAAUGUUCGCCAGUGUAUACCUGAUGAAAAGGGAAUCACGUUUGAUGAAUUCAGGUCCUUCUUCCAGUUCCUCAACAACCUCGAAGAUUUUGCCAUAGCCAUGCAGAUGUACAACUUUGCUUCUCGCCCUAUUGGACAAGAUGAGUUUGCAAGAGCGGUGUAUGUAGCCACAGGGCUGAAUCUCACACGCCACCUUGUAAACACCAUCUUUAAGAUCUUUGAUGUUGAUCAUGAUGACCAGCUCUCCUACAAAGAGUUCAUUGGGAUAAUGAAAGACCGGCUGCACAGGGGAGCAAGGGGUUAUAAAGCUGUGGAGCGUGCCACCUCUUUUAGGUCCUGUUUGAAGAAGGAGCUUGCAAGCAGCAGGUGAAGGGCCGACACCACACCACCUUCUCUGGCUGUGUUCGCUCAGAGGCCAGAAAACAAGUACACCAGCUCUGGAGGAGGUACAGGGAGAAUCCAUAGAAGAGGAAAAAAUGUGAAGGAAUACAGAAAUUAAGUAUCAAGGAAGAUUAAUUGAAUGGAAUAAAACAAACUGAGCAAAUAACUGUGUGUCUUCAAGAGCCGAUCUCCAGUGGACUUUGCAAAUAAUAACUACCGGCAUGACCGCUCACAGCUGACUGACACCCUGUGUGCUGAUCUUGGCAACAAUAUUCCUGAUUUUCUGUUGGUCAUUUUGAUUUGAUGCCAGUUAUACCCACUAUAAUUUACAGUAUGUUAAAACAAAAUAGGAUUCAAUUACAGCAUUAUUCUCUAUGCAUGACACUUCGAGAGCAGUCAGGUCUGCGACUUAUUUUAUAAACAAGCUGUGUGUGACUUUUUUGUAAAAACAGACAAUUGUUACUGCUGCACUACAAAGUGUUAAAAUUGAAACCACAAUCAUAACCACAGUCGUGGUCUAACUGUUAUAUUAAAACACAACAAGAUCUUUGUGAUAAUUAUAAAAUCCAUAUGAAUUCAACAACACAGAAAAAACAUUACAUAAAGAGAAAAAUCCCUGCUUACUUAACCGUCUUCAUCUAAUUUUAGCCAACACUAUUAUUUAUAUUAUUCUGUUAACUGAACUUUGAAUAUAUUACACCUGGAUAAAGCAGCAUGAGACAGAUUGCUUUAGUUCAAUAUUUAUUAUGAAUAUUUACUUGAAAUGCUGGCUAUUUAGUGUGAGCAUCUAAACUAAUUACUAUAUGCAGUAUAUAUAUAUCAUAGUUGUCCGCUGAGGUGCCUUGUAUUUGUUCUCUGUCUUAUUUGAGAAUUGUAUAGAAACCAGACUUCUGGAAAAUAAUUCAGCCCUGUAUUACUGUUUAAAUGCAACAAAUCAGAAAAAAUAUGCAUUAAUUAUACAAAUUGAACUAUGUUUUGUCGUAAAUGUAAUACUUUCUGAACCAUUCCAAUAGUUUAAAAGUCUUCCUGUAAAAUAUGGAUUGCUUGGUGUGUUGUGUACCUGCUAAGUUAUUUCUAAUAAUGCACAUUUUUGACUCGUGCUCCCAGUCUUCCAAGUGUUUGUCACAUUCUUGGAAAUAUAUUAUCAU